AUGGCCGCUGAGAAUCGAAGGCCCUUGCAUGUGGGUGUCCUGAAUGGAGAAGUGGUCUUGGACAUGCGAGGAAAGCUCCGGCUCAUCAGCCCUGACGAAGAAUUCUUCGCUUUGAUCUUCCAGCUGGACAAGGUCAUUGCCUCUGACCCUGGGGAGGCAGAGCUGGCCCUGUGGCUGAACCUGAUCCGGUCAUGGACCUUCGUCUUCGAACUGAUGCCAUCUCUUGAUCAAUGCUACUGGCGUUCCAUCAAUCUCCGGGAGCAUGUCGGAACUUCAUUUGAUGUCUUCUACCGUUCCUGCAUUCAGCGAGCGUAUGAAGUCAUUCAAUUCAAGUUGGAGGAGGAGCGCAAGGAUCCCGCGACCACCCUGGGCGCAUCCGCUGUUUUCCAGGCCUGGAUGGCCAAUGUCAAGUUCUCCACCCUAGCCACGGGCGACAAAGCCUUCAAAUUGAGCUUCGUGGACGCAUGCUUGACUGUGUAUAACCGCAUGUUGUGCAUCCCGGAGGUCGAGGUUCUCAUCUUGAAGGGGGAGGAGCGGAAUGGAAAGGACAACGUGUGGACUUCCAUCUACCAGUUGGAAGAGGUGGUAAAAAAGAUCGGCAUUGGGGCUGGAGCCACGGAAAGGACCAAGUGGGUCGUGUCCGCCAUACAGGAUCAGGUGGACAAUGAGCUUCUGCAGACCUCUGCUUGCUCCACCAGGAAUUUGAAAGGGCAGGGCCUUCCUUCCAAUAAGGGAACGGUGGAUUUGUUCUUGUUUAAACUCGGUGUCCGCGACCUUGCCCUGUCGACCUGGCUGGAGGAGGCCGGCUCUGCUGUGCCCCCCCACAACAAGGAUGCUGUCAGACGGGUCUUUGCAGACUUUGCCACCUACCGUCAGUUCUUCGGGACCAAGGUGGAGCGUGACACGGUGGAUAUGUCUUGGUUGGGUUCUUUCUCCAAGACCCUGAAGGAGUAUGUGACCUUCAUUGAGGAUGCCUGCUUCGGCAACAAGCUUGACAGGAAGCUGAAGUCUGCCUUGGCUGCAGGAGCCAAGCCCCCGGACCUCCCUGACCGAGAAGAGUUCAUGGCGGAGUUCAAAGUCUUCAGAGAUGGAUGGGUGAAAGAGCGGGGCGAAGUCCCUGAACAGGCUCCUCAAGAUGCAGAUGGUGUGCUAGCCUCAGACAAUGCCGAUGCGGGUCAGGUUGGCCAGAUCGUUCAGCUGAGUUUCAUGCGCCUCGGAAGUUUGGCAAAGGGCCAGGUCGACGAAGCCAAGGCUACUCACGAGAAGAACCUCGUGGCCAGGCAUCUCAAGAGCUUGAGCGAGGAGGACCUGGCUGUCGUGAAGGACUUGGAGACGCGGGCCCAUCGUUUGGUGCGGUCGUCCGUGAAGCUGAUUGUGGAGCCCGAGCGUCAGGCUGUGCUUCAGGAGGAGUUGAAAAGCUCAGCCAUCGCGGGCAUCAUCGCCGCCAAGGACAAGACCGUUCUUGUGUACUAUGAUCAGAAAGCAGCAGGAGAAUCCGUCACUGCUCCGCACUUGCGGGUUCCCCCGCUGAAAGCGGACCGCGUCAAGACGGCCAUCCAAUCGACGUGCGCCUUUGCGGACUCUGGCGGCGAGCUGCCAAUGAAUUGCAUGUUCAUGAUCAGUGACGCUGGGAAGGCCGGCAACGAUCGUGCCAUCCUGAACUCCUUCAUGAAUGAGGGCGGUGCUUCGAUGGCCAAGCAUCACAAGUCCUUGUUCGUUGGGUACAAGGAGGCAGACUUGAUAGCCAGGCUGGAGAGGUUCAAGUCCACCGCGCAGCUGAAUCAGCUGGAGACAGUUCAUGUGGUGACGUCUUCCUCGGCUGCCAAGCAGAAGCGUCGCAAUCGCCGUGCGGCUCACAUGAAGGAUGACACCAGCAGUGGGAAUAUGCUCAGUCGGAUGCCCCUGCCUGAGAGUACUUGGGUUGAGACUUGCGGUACGAAGAAAAAGCUGUUCGGCUCCCAGAUGCGAAUCGCCGUGGGAGGUCAGACGGACGGGGAGGCUCUGAACACCAAGGACGGUGACUACGAGCCAGUCUUCUGGCACUCUGCUUCGCCGCUGGUGCUGGAAGAGCUCUUCCGCUCGGAGAGUUGGGCUGAUGCCGUCAUCGACUGGACUCCCACGGAUGUCACAGCCAAGAAGACUAUCGAUUUGGGGAUUCCUUAUGUGGGCAUCUGCUACACGGAGACGCACAAGGAGCUGCUGCUGACCAGGCUUGCAUCCCUUGCUCUCAAGGAUUGUUUGACCGAAGGCCACAGCCUUUACAUGCCUGCGGUUGCUAAGAUCUUGGAGAUUCCUGGCUUGCAGAAAAAGCCGGCGGCCAAGGCUGCCCCGAAGGUGGCCGCAGGAGCAGCCGCAGGAGCAGCCGCUGCUGCCGGCGUCAUCAAAUCCGAGGGCGAUGAGAAUCAGAACCAAGGUCAAAAGCGACCUCUGGAAGCCACGGGGGACGAGGCCCAGCAAGCCCACUUGAAGUUGAAGCAAAGGCUUGAGGCUCUUGCGAAGAAGUGA